AUGGCUGCACAACUGCUGCGCCAGGAUGGCGUCCGGUGCAUGGUCGCAGCCGCAUUGGGCUUUCAAGACGAUCAUCUUGGCAGUGCGAGCCGCGAUGGCGGUAAUGGUGAGCGCUGUCUCAUGUAGACGCCGGAGCUAUGGCGACCAAGUACGCUCAAUCCUUGUCCUCCCCCUCGCCCUUCUGCUGCUAAGCGCAACUGGAGGCCUUUGAGAAGAUUGCGCAGCUGCUCUCAUCGCCUCCAAAGGGUAUGCCGCUGCAGGUGAGCUGUUUGAAUUCCCUGCACUGAGAAUCGCAAGUGAGCGGCAGAGAUUGAGCGAUCGGGUCGCCUUGCCUUGCAGAUUUUCCUCGGGUGCAUCAUCCCUCAAAUGCUGCAGAUGCUCUCAGACUUGCCCACCGCACCAUUGCAACACAAGGCAAGCUCCGUUGCGCCACCGCAAGACUCGACCUCUGGUCUUUUGCACUCGCCCUCCCUUCAACCCCGUAUCCAGGUUCCCGACUCGCACGCACGAGCCAUCGUCUUUGCUCUGUGUGCGUUGCAUCGUCGUCACCAAUUGCAGUUUUCCUCUGCCCUGCAAGGCUACAUUUGGCUGCCAUUUCAGCCAUCGCGCACGGCAUCGCGAUCGCAGUCGACGACAGCUGUCCCCAACGCCAAAGGCGAUCUCGUCGUGCACAGCCUACACGUCAGCUGCGCUGUGCGCCUCAUCCAUGCCAUCAUCUCGUCUGCUCCGCCAGAGCCGGCCUUCAUUUCGUCACUCCUGCAACCCGUAUUUACGCAGCUGUUCACGUGCUGGUCUUGCCUGCAUGGUCCAGGCAACAUGGUCGGUGAAGUUGCUGUCGACGGUGGCAUGAAGGUCAUCCUCGCAAAUUUGUUGGGAACCUACCUGAAGCUAGGCGAAGCAUCGGCUCUAGCAAGUCUUCUUGGUGCGAAUCCUGAUGGUCUCUUGAUUCGCGCGAGAGAUGGGGUAGGCGAAGAGACGCUCGAUGGCGACGCCUUUCAUUGGGCAAGCGCUGCUGACGGAUUGGAAAUACGCUCCGGGUGCGUGUAG